AUGGCUGUCGGGGGCGGCGUUCUGACGCCGUCGACGGCGGGGGCGCAGAUCAUCCACUUGGCCUCCCGCCUCGUUCUUGGCGUGCGGCUCCACGGCACCAUCGCCGCCCUCAGCCCGCGCGGCGGCGGCAGCCGCCUGAAGUGCCGCCCGUUCCUCCGCUACUUCGCCGAGACGCUGCGGCGGCUCCGCUGCGAUGUGACGCUCUUCCUCCCCAUCACCGCCCGCGCCGGGGCGCCGCUCAGCGACGCGGAGUUCCCGUGCGUCUACCGCGUGGUGGAUGACCCGACGGCGGGGCCGGCGGCGGCUGGCCGCAGGGCGGCGCGGGCGAACUUCCAGGACCUCCUCGGCCGCAUCGCGGCGGAGCAGCAGACGUCGCCGAGCCGCAUUUUAUUCAUUGAGUCCGAGAUCAACUGCCGCUUCAGCCCCGUGCAGACGCUGGUGGUGGAGGCGUUUCAGCCGCAGCGCAUUCGUCAACAGCGGCGACGAGCGGCAGCGGCGGGGGCCUCUGAGGCGGCGGCUGCGGGGCAAUACCACGCCGCGCUGCUGGAGUCCGAGUACACGUGGACGCAGGGGCGCCGGGAGCCGCGUCCGCGUCCCGCGCCGCACUCGCUGCCGUUUUCCGCGGAGCUGCACGGCGAGGCGCGGGAGGGGGCCCGGGAUGACGUGCGCGCCGCGGCGCUUGCGAUCAACCGCGAGGACUACACGCUGGUGGCGCUGGCCGGGAUGCUGGUGGAGCUCGCCGCGGCCGACGUUGCCGUGGCGGAGUACCUGCGCGUGGAGCCGCUGGUGGAGAAGCUCUCGGUGCCCUUCCAUGGCGAGGUGAACUACCUCCCGGCGGAGAACUGCGACGACAUGGAGCAGUGGGACUGGGCCGCCGUGGAGGUGCGGGAGGCGGCGGCGCAGGAGGCGGCGGCGGUUGUGCCGGACGUGGAGGAGCGGGCGGAGCACAAGGACUUGUUCAAGUGA